AUGGCGGCAUAUCAAACGACUUAUACACAUUUCCAUGAACUCAUCGAUACAUGGACCAGACAUGCUCAAUCCAUUGAAACCCAAGUCAAAAAUCUAUCUGAGAAAGCACGAGUACUCGGAACGGCAUCGGACACAGUUGAAGUUCGUCAACGCUUAGAUGAAGACGAACAACGCUUACACGCUCUUGCUACGAAAACAAAAUCUAUCUUGAAAGAAUUAGCAGAUGAAAUGACCAAGAGAAAGAAAGAUUUACAAAGAAAUGAUUUGGAAAUGAUAAACAAGGUUAAAUCUGCAAUGAACAGUGCAUUGAAACAUUAUGGAGACGUUGUAACUGAUGUUAGCAAAAGACGCCAACAGGUACCCAAUCCUAAUCAAGAUACCUUAAUUGAUUUUGGAAAUAAUGCUUUGACGGAAGAGGACGUUCGUCAACGAUUACAAUUACAACGACAAAUGCAAAUGAAUAACGAUUUAUUAAUUCGACAAAAUGAAGAACAGUUCGCUAUUGAAGAACAAGUACAAACUGUCCAAACUGAUAUCAUUGAGAUCAAUCAUAUUAUGCGUGACAUUGGUGCGAUUGUUUCUGAACAAUCACCUAUUAUUGCUAACGUUGAACAGACAAUCAUUGCAGCCAACGAUCAUAUCAUUGCUGGCAAUGAUCGAUUGACCAGUGCUGCAAAGUAUCAAAAAAAAUAUCGAAAGAAACUCUGUUGUCUUCUGGCAGUUUUUCUCGUCAUCGCAAUUCUCGUCGUGGUGAUCGUUCUGAUUAAGCUGAAAACAUAA